UGGCGGGUUGGAGGGGUGGGCUGGACAAGAGACUGCUUGCCCCAUGCAGAGCUAUCAGCCAGGCUAAAGCAAGUACCAGCUCCAACACAGACACUAACAAGCUUAGAAACAUGGUGUUGCUCUGGGGUCUGUUGCUGCUCUGCCUGCCUGCUCUGCACAGCCAUCUACGGUUUCCUUUGACACAUGCCCUUGAGCAGAAGUAUCUCUCCUUAGACAAAGCUGUGGAGUUGGAGGACCUGGAAGAGGCUGAUGCUAUGCAACUGGACAUACACAUUGCAGAUGUCCCCUGUGCUCUGCCAGGAGCUGCUCCAACCGUGCCGAAUGCCGAGGUGUUGCAUUCUACCUCUGACACGUGGGAGGAGAUCUAUGGACCCACAUUACCAUUCACCACCACAACCACCACAGGCAGUAGGAAUGACUGGAGCCCAGAGGAAGUCCACUCUUCUGAAGAGGAAGAAGAAGGGGAAGAAAAAAACUGUGACGUGACUUGGAAGAAAAGCCGGAGGCUAGCAAAAGGGUUGAUGAAAUUCAGCAUCGAUCUCCUCAGAGAGGUCCAGCUGGAGACCAACAGAGCCAAUGUGAUCCUAUCUCCCCUGAGCAUCACCCUUGCCUUGUCUCAGCUGGCGCUAGGAGCAGCACAUCAGACAGAAAAGAGUUUGCUGGAGGUGAUGCAUCUGGCAUCAGUGCCCUGUCUCCAUCACACAUUAAGCAACGUGCGCAGGAGGCUCACAGAAUCCUUGCUCAGCACUGCUUCACGUGUGUAUCUGCAGAAAGGAUUUGAGGUUAAAGAGAAGUUCCUGGAGGAUUCAGAGAAAUUCUAUGGGGCAAAGCCUGUGACUCUUUCUGGGAACAGUGAGGAGGACCUCAUGGACAUAAACAAGUGGGUAGAGGAGGCAACUAAUGGGCAAAUACCCACCUUUCUACAUCAGCUCCCUGGAAACACAGUGAUGCUUUUGCUCAGUGCUAUUCAUUUCCAUGGGUUUUGGAGAAAUAAGUUUGAUGCUAGCCUCACUGGGCCAGACAUAUUUCACCUUGACAAUGAGUUCAUGGUCCCAGUUGAGAUGAUGAAAGCCCAGAAGUACUCCCUGAGCUGGUUUACACUGGAGUCCCAGGACAUUCAGGUGGCCAAGUUUCCCUUUAAGGGAAACAUGAGUUUCGUGGCCAUUGCACCAAACCAGUUUAGUUGGAAUGUCUCUCAUGUGCUGGAGAACUUCCCUUAUGAACAACUACGCAGCCUUUUCCCUAAAGAGGUACCCACCACAGUGAAGAUACCCAAAUUAGAAGUGGACUAUCAGCUGGAACUCAACAAGGUUCUCAGUCAAAUAGGCCUCCGGGAGUUGUUCACAAGCCCAGAUCUGCAGAAGAUCACAGAUGAACCUCUCUUUGUAUCCAGUAUACAGCACCAGUCUAAACUGGAGCUUAAAGAAGACGGAGUGGAAGCAUCUGCUGCUACCAGCGUCAUGCUGUCACGGUCACUCUCUGCCUUCAGCCUUGACCGACCCUUUCUCUUCAUUAUCUUUGAGGAAGAAACAGGCAUCCCACUUUUCAUAGGCAGCAUCCAGAACCCUAACCCCAAUGCUACUCCCCAGAUAAAAGAGCCACAGGGCUCACCUGAAGUAACGGAUGUCACUGAGAAUCCUGUGCCCAAAUAAGAGAGGAGCAGAGCCUAGGAGUUCUGGGACUGCUACCCACCUGACCCUUUGGACCAGCUAAGGGAGGCCUCCUGUUGCUGGAGACCUCCCUCCAAGGCCAUAGCAGGCAAUCCCUUGCUGUUUCCUUUACAGAUCCCUAAUCCCAGUCCUGGGAUAUCCCAUUCCAGCCUUGAGAAGCUUCUCCUGGCUGGGUUCCCUCUCCUGACCCUGAAAAGCAUGCUCUGCCUAGAUUUCCCUUUCAGGGCUCUCAGUCCUGGAGGAAGGCUUCCUUGUCCACAGACUCUAAUUAUUAGAGUCUUUAUUAGACUCUCAUUAGAGUCUCCCAUAGCCUGGAAUCUUCAUUAGCAUCUGGCAGCUUGGACAACAGCCAGAGAUAUUAAUAUUGCCCUUCCCUCCGCAGUUCCUGUGAGCAUGCCUUCCUCAAAGUGUCUCUUUGUACCCACACAGAAAAUGAUCUCUGAAUGAACUGGACUAGUAACCAGUUGUCUUCCCUGGGAUGAGUCACUGCCACUUCCAGGCACAGGCUCUUUCCAAAUAUUCCUUUUUCCCCACUCCUUGGCUAUUGGGAUCUGUUGUUGGAAGGUCCGCAGUAAUGGGAACCCCUUUGGAUCCCUAUCUCCAGCCCUUUUCCUGGGAAACUCUAGGGUCUUGGGGAAAUGUUAGAUUUUUCACGGCAUAUUUUGUAAAGUAUUUUUUAGUAAUUUUUAUGUCGGCAGAAUAAUAAAGAGUGAAGCAGAACA